UGCACCUGGGUAAAUCCCAGGAGAUGGCUGAACCUACAAGAGUACCAGAGCAAGAAGCUGAUGCAAGACAGUGGCGUGGCCGUCCAGCGCUUCUUUGUUGCUGAUACAGCUUCGGAGGCCCUGCAUGCUGCAAAAAGACUCAAUGCCAAGGAAAUUGUGUUAAAAGCUCAAAUUCUGGCCGGAGGCAGAGGCAAGGGUGUGUUUGACAGUGGCCUUAAAGGUGGAGUUCAUUUAACCAAGGAUCCUGCAGUGGUUGGGGAGCUGGCUAAUAAGAUGCUUGGUUUCAACCUUAUUACUAAGCAGACACCUAAAGAAGGAGUGAAAGUGAAAACGGUGAUGGUUGCUGAAGCCCUGGAUAUAAGCAGAGAGACUUACUUUGCCAUCCUAAUGGAUCGUGCCUGUAACGGUCCUGUCAUGGUGGGGAGCCCCCAGGGAGGUAUGGAUAUUGAGGAGGUGGCAGCCAGCAGCCCAGAACUCAUCUUUAAGGAAGUCAUAGAUAUAUUUGAAGGCGUGCGAGACGACCAGGCACUUCGUAUGGCUGCUAAUUUGGGAUUCAAAGGACCUCUGCAAAGACAGGCUGCAGAUCAGAUUAAGAGGCUCUAUGAUCUGUUCCUGAAAGUCGACGCCACUCAAGUCGAAGUCAAUCCUUUUGGAGAGACUCCUGAAGGACAAGUGGUUUGCUUUGAUGCCAAGAUCAACUUUGAUGACAACGCUGAAUUCCGUCAGAAAGCUGUGUUUGCCAUGGACGACAUGUCUGAGAGCGACCCCACAGAGAUGGAGGCAGCCAAGUGGGACCUCAAAUAUAUUGGAAUGGAUGGAAACAUCGCCUGCUUUGUGAAUGGAGCUGGUCUGGCCAUGGCGACAUGUGAUAUUAUUGACCUUCAUGGGGGGAAACCAGCUAAUUUCCUCGAUCUUGGGGGUGGAGUCAAAGAGAGACAGGUGUACGAGGCUUUUAAGCUGCUGACUGCUGAUCCAAAGGUUGAAGCAAUCUUGGUCAACAUCUUUGGAGGCAUCGUCAACUGUGCCAUCAUUGCCAACGGGAUCACUAAAGCCUGUCGAGAGCUGGAGCUAAAGGUGCCACUGGUGGUCAGGCUUGAAGGGACCAACGUGCACGAAGCCAAGAGGAUUCUGAGCGAGAGCGGCCUGCCCAUCACAGCAGCAGACGACCUGGAUGACGCUGCCAGGAAAGCAGUGGCUGCUAUCAAGAAAUAGAAAACGUUUUGCAAACUGUUCACGCACGACAAAUCCUUCAAAUUAUAACACAUCAUCGUCGUCGUCGUCAGCCUUCAUACACGCAGACCUCAGGACCAUCAAGCCUUCGCUCUCAUAGGCCUUUAUUUUUUAUCAUUUUUAUUAUUUCUUUUACAGUUUCAAAGUGGUGUGCAUAGUUCAACCUAUUGCAAAUUUGCUUCUGUAGUUAUAUCAUUAUUUUCUUAUACCUGUGAUGAUCGGGGGUAAAUUCACACACUUUCUGGGUCGUUGUUGACUUCUGUCAGCAACUGGAUAAAGACUCGACAUUUGAGUUUUUUUCAUUCCAUUCUUUAGAGGAAGACACUUUCUUUACAUGUCAUGGUGUUUGUGUAGAAGAAUUAGACACGACAGACAUUUUUCCUCAGUCAUGAUCUGUGGACUUGAUCUCUGACACUUGGUGUGACUAAAACAAACAGCAGCUCUCUUUGGUUCAGUCUGUGCUGUUAAUGAAGUUUGUUCUACAGCCUCAUCUCAUGAAGAACCAACUGACUACACAUCAUGUCUUGUUUAUACACAUCUGUUUUAAUCUGUGCCUAUACAUGAAGGUUUAAAGGUUUGUUAACGAUCAUCAUUAUGACUAUAAUUUUUAAUACAUUUUGUAUCUCAAGUGUUGGGAAAAAUCAUUAAAAACAAUUCCUCUGUCUUUUUUUAUAAUCAUGAUUGUAUAUCAAUUACUGAAAACUACUAAAAAUGCUGUAUAUAAUCUAUGAGAAUAA